AACUGUCAUUAUUACUUGGGCAUCAGCACAAAAAAAACACUAACAAAAUUACAAUGUCAGAAAAGGCAGUAAACAUUAAAGAUGCCAGCGACUGGCAUUCCAAAACAAUUGAUCAGGUCGCUGAUCAUUUUGGAACUUCUUUGUCAACUGGCUUAACAACAGAUGAAAUUUCUUCAAGACAUGUCAAGUACGGCUACAACGAACUAUCAGCAGAUGGUGGUCCCAAAUGGCUCAAAGUACUUAUCGGCCAACUUAUUGAUGUCAUGAAUUGGAUUUUUAUCGCUCUUGCUAUAGCUUCGUAUUGCUUACAAGAUUAUGUUACAGGAUCACUAUUAUUAUUUAUUGCUAUUCUGAACCUCUAUCUGGGUUUUUCCCAGGAGUAUGCUGCUGAACAAACGUUAGCUGCUCUUCGUAAUCUUUCUUCUCCUAUGGCUGACGUUAUUCGCAAUGGUACUGAACAAUCUGUUCCUAGUCGUGAAAUUGUUCCUGGUGACAUUUUAGUUGUCAAAGAAGGCGACUCUGUUGGCGCUGAUGCUCGUCUAAUUCAAGUUUCGAACCUUGAAUCAGAUGAAGCUCUAUUGACAGGUGAAUCAGUGCCUGUUUCUAAACAAUUGAUUGUUUUAGAAAACCCUGAUGAGCCUUUAGGUGAUCGUACUAAUAUGCUUUAUUCUUCUACCAUUAUUUCCAAAGGAAGAGGCAGAGCUAUUGUUACUGCUACCGGUAUGCAUACUGAAAUCGGUAAAGUUGCCUCAAAAUUAAACGAUGCAAGUGAUUCAGACCGUACUCGUCUUCAAAAAAGCCUUGAUAAAAUGUACAUUGUCUUGCUAAUUGCUUCUGUUAUUUGUGUUAUUGUUGUAUUGGCCUCUGUCAAGUUCAAGGCUAAUUACGAUGUCGGCAUGUAUGCCAUGACUGCUGCCCUUUCUGUCUUACCUGCUGGUCUUACUACUGUCAUGACUGUUACACUUGUUUUAGGUGGUAAAGAAAUGACUCGCCAAAAAGCCAUUGUUCGUAAACUGAAAUGUCUAGAAACUUUGGGCUCAGUUACAAACAUUUUUUCUGACAAGACUGGUACAUUAACAAUGGCCAAAAUGGUAGUUGUCCGAUUUUGGACUCCUCUUGAAGGCUUUUUUUAUGUAGAAUCAAAUGGCCUGGCACCCACUGGUGAUGCGUACCUUACCCGCGAUAAGUUAUAUGAUAAAAUCACUGAAGAUUCUGAAGCAAAAUUGGUAGACAAGUCCAAACUUUCACCUGACAUUGCUAACUUGGUUCGCUGUGCUGCUUUGUGUAAUAUGUCUAGCAUUUAUCCGAAAAACAACCAAACCUCUAGCGACAAGCAGGGACCUAUUGACAACGAAGACACUGAUUCUGAUGAUUGGAUCUCUAGUGGUGCUCCUACAGAAGUUGCUCUUCAAGUCUUUGCUCACAAAUUCAAUAUGGGCAAGCCUGAAUUGACUGCUGAUGGCUGGGAACUUCUUGCUGAAUAUCAAUUUGACUCAACUAUCAAGCGUAUGACAACCAUUUGGUUAGACAGAAAUAGUGAUACAAUUUAUGCUUUUACCAAAGGUGCUGCUGAACGAGUCAUUCAACUCUGCUCCAACUUAUCUAGUGAUAGUGAUCGUCAACCUAUUUUGAAGAAUGUCGAUACUCUGGCUGCUAAAGGUUUGCGUGUAAUGGCCAUGUCCUUUAAAAAACUAGACAUGACUGAGAAAGAAGUUCAAAACUACUCUCGUGAUGAAAUUGAGUCCAAUCUCACUUUCCUUGGUCUUACUGGUAUUUAUGAUCCUCCUAGAAAGGAAUCUCGCUUAGCCGUUCAAGAAGCUCAUCGUGCCGGUAUUUCUGUUCAUAUGCUUACAGGUGACCAUGAGAUCACUGCUACUGCAAUUGCUAAAGAAAUUAAAAUUUUGGAUGUAAACAAAAUGUCAGAAGAAAGCAUCAAGCGACUUGUAAUGACUGGUACUGCAUUUGACGCCAUGACUGACGAGGAAAUUGAUGCGCUUGAAGACUUGCCUCUUGUUGUUGCCCGCUGUUCUCCUGAAACAAAGGUCAAGAUGAUUCAAGCUUCCUCCAGACGCAAUAACAUUGCUGCCAUGACUGGUGAUGGUGUCAAUGACUCUCCUUCUCUUCGUAUUGCUGAUGUUGGUAUUGCUAUGGGAAAGAACGGUAGUGACGUUGCUAAACAAGCCUCUGAUAUUAUUUUAACGGAUGACAACUUUGCUACCAUCAUUCGUGCUAUUGCCGAAGGUCGUCGUAUUUAUCAAAACAUGCAACGUUUCUUGCUCUACUAUUGGAUUUUACUUUUUAGCAUGGCCCUUGUUAUCUUGGUCUGCUUAGCAGUUCGUGAUCCUGCAGGACGUAGUGCCGCACCCAUGUCUACUCUUCAAAUGGUCUUUAUUUAUAUCGCAAUUACUCCUCCUGCUGGUGCUCUUAGUACUCAACCUCCUUCCAAGACUGUUAUGAAAGAGCCUCCUCGUCCUCCUACUGAAAGCAUUUUCAACCGCGAAAUCAUUUUAGAUACAAUCGCUUACUCAUUGGCGAUUACAGCCAUGUGUUUGAUUGCUUUCUUCAUUCCUCUCUAUACACUUGGUAACGGUGUUGGCGGUGUAAAUUGUGACUCUAACUAUGUUGCCGGUGCCUGCGAUUCUUUUUACAGAGGACGUGCUUCUCUUUUGGUUACUUUUACUUUUGCUUCCCUUGUUGUUAUGGUUCAUUGCCGUAGUUAUCGUCAAAUAGAAUGGGAUUUGUCUGGCAUCCGCGAGACAUUGCGUUCCCGUACAUUUGUAGGCACUUUUGCUUUUGAUAUCAUUGCACUUGUGAUUUUCCUUUAUAUUCCUGCAGUUGCUAUCAAAGGUUUCCGUAUGUUGGGUAUUACUUGGGAAUGGGGUCUUUCUAUGGGUUUGAACUUGGGUUUUAUUGUGUUUGGUGAAGUAUACAAGCUCGCUAAACGUGCCCUUUUAAAGCCCAUGGAUUCUGGAGUUACUGAUUUUGAUGAAGAAAGCCCUUAAACUAACCGAUACCAUACAACAUAGAAAUACUUAUUUAAUAAAUACAUAGCUUCUAAUUUUAAUUU